AUGGCUGAUCAAGAAGUUGCUACAGACGGAGAGCGACGUGAUUAUCCAACGAAAUGGUACCGUUCAUCGUUGUUUAACAUAACUAUCCUUGGCCUAUGCAACUUCUCGGCUCCAGGCAUCUGGGGUGCAAUGAACUCACUUGGGGCUGGAGGAUCACAGUCACCCAAUCUAGUCAAUGCUGGGAAUUCACUUACUUUCUGUUUGAUGGUUGUAAGCUGUUACUUCAGCAGCGUGCUUGUGCGUUACAUUGGAAUCAAAGGAGCUUUGAUCUUUGGAACUCUUGGAUACGCUCCCUAUGCGGCAGAUAAAGCACUUUAUUGCAAUAACCAAUUUGGAACCGAAUGGUUCAUCUAUCUUGGGUCGGCUUUAUGCGGCAUCUCAGCAGGUGUCUUCUGGACGGCUGAAGCUGCUAUAGCCAUAGCAUAUCCAGAGCCUUGGAACAAAGGCAAGGCGCUGGGGUACUGGCUCACAUACAGUCGUUUUGGUCAGAUCCUCGGAGGUGCUAUCAACCUGGGUCUUAACGCGGAUCGUGACGAAGCAGGCCAAGUAUCACAUACAGUUUACCUUGUAUUCAUUGCACUACAAUGUAUCGGUCCGUUUGUUGCGUUUUUCUUAAACAGUCCAAGCAAAGUUCAGAGGAAAGAUGGCAAAAAGGUCAAUCUGGCAAUUCUGCAGAAUCCUUGGGCGGAGAUCAAGGCGACUACGAAGCUCUUCUUUACAAAGAGAUUCUUGCUGAUUCUUCUCUGGAUUGGGCAAUCUGUUUUCGCUGAAGCGGUUUAUUUCACAUACCUUGCCUUAUGGUUUACAGUUCGUGCUCGCGCCCUAGGAUCCUUCUUGUCUGGUAUUGUUGCUGUGAUAAUCGGCAACCUUUUAGGCACAUGGCUUGAUCGUGCGAGCGUCUCGCUUCGCACGCGUUCCCGCAGUGCAUUCUGGGUGAUUGCUGUUCUUCAGGGUGCCUGGUGGAUUUGGGCCACGAUACUCGUUACAGAGUUCAGAUCCUCUCAACCAACAUACGACUGGACGUCCCCAGGCUUUGGCCGCGCCUUUCCCGUAUUCAUUUUCCUUACCACCGGUUUUCAGAUGAACUAUCUAUUCUUGUACUUCAUCAUCGGAAAUCUCGCGGACGACGAGUCAGACGUGGUACGAUAUGCUGCUCUACUCAGGGGUACUGAGUCGGCGUGGCAGGCAAUCAGCUACGGUAUUACGUCAGUCACACUGUUUGCAGAAGUUGGGGCUGUUUAUUGGAAUUUCGCCUUAUGGGCUGCUGCAAUCUGGCCUGCCUGGUUGGUCCUGCGAGAAUUUGGCAACAAUGGCGAAACAUCGAUUGAGCAGUCUGGUAAUGAGAAAAUAGGCUCACCGGUAGAUUCCGUCACCAACGUAACCCCACAAGGUGACAAGAUAAUUGUGGGUGGAUAUAGAUGA